AGAAGGCAGUCAACCGUGAACCAACGCAACUAACCUAAUGGGAUAGAUAUCCAACUUUCUUACCACAACAACUCAAUUUUCAAAGCACACUCAGAUUAGAAAGAUACUUCCCUUUCUGUCUGCUUCACUUUCUAAACUUGCCCUCACAAACAUGCAUUAAUUCAAUCCCCAUACACAAAAUGAUGAUUUCUUCACGCAGCAGUUAAUUUGUACAAACCUUCUUUGCCUCUACAGAGAUCGUAGUAAAACCAAAUUAUCAAUCAAAACCAUAGUCUAGAUCACCAAAUAUGAAACCCAGCCAGGAAAUUGCUUAUUAUUUUAUAUUGUCUCUUCUUGCAGCAUUUGUUGUUAUUCUUUGUUUAGUCCUCAUAUUUUUUUGUAGAAAGAAACCUGUAGAAUCUGAAGAAAGCCUUCCAGCUGCCAGGAUUUCUGCACAGUGGUACCCAUCAACAGAUAUCGACGCUGCCACAGACGGGUUUAAUCAUCGGAGAAUUAUUGGUACCGGUCGUUUAGGUACUGUGUAUGCAGCUGUAUUACCAAGUGAUCAGAAGCCAGUUGCUGUUAAGAGAAUACACCCUUCCCUUGUUCUGAGCAAUGCUUGUCUUGGGUUCUCCUCAAUGCUCAAAACACUCUCUUUGGCUCAGCAUCCUAACGUAGUCCCUAUAUUAGGAUUUUCACAGGCUCCUGGCGAGAGAAUCAUCGUGAUGGAAUUCGUUAGUGUGGUGAGUUUGGAUUAUUAUUUGCAUGAAAACCCUGAUGGGGCGUCAUCAGUAUUGGAUUGGAGCCGGCGUUUAAGCAUCGCGGCCGGGGCGGCUAGAGGACUUGAAUACUUGCAUGGAGGGAUGGCACCAAACAUUGUUCAUGGAUGUUUUAAGGCAUCGAAUGUUUUACUAGAUGACAAGUUGCGUGCUAAAGUUACUGAUUAUGGGUUAUCUUCUUUGGUAGCAAAUGAAAAGAGGGGGCUUGUGGGGUAUGUGGAUGAUGAGUUUUGGAGUAAUGAAGGGGGAGAAGCUUGCAAGGAAAGCGAUGUUUAUGGGUUUGGUGUGGUUUUGUUGGAGCUUUUGACUGGAAGAAGAGCAGAGGAAGGGUUACUUGUUAGAUGGGCAUUGCCUUUGAUUAAAGAAAUGAGGCUUAGUGAGCUAUUGGAUCUUAGACUUGCGAAGCCUUCUGAUACGAGGGCGAUUAUUAGAUUGGCUAAGGUUGCCUCAGCUUGUGUUAAUAAUUCUAGGAAGAGUAGGCCUACUAUGUUUCAAGUAGCUACAAUUUUAAAUAACUUGGAGAUUAAGGUAUGUGCUUGAUUUCUAGCUUCUACAAAGUGAACAAAAUUCUUACUUGGAACAGAAAAGAAGAAAAUGUCAAAUUUUGACGUGGCAUCAAUUAUGACUUUUGACUUUUUUUUUGUUCACAUGAAAUCAAG